AUGUCUUGGAAAGACCACUUUGGCUUUAGUGAUCGACUGCAAGCUAUACAGUCUCUCACUACGGCCUAUCAGCAAACAAACUCUUCAGCCGCAUUUGCAGAUGCUUUGGCCAGUGCAAAGAAAUGCGAGGCUGAGGCAUAUGAUAAAGCUGGCUCAAAAGAAGAGUACGAUUCCAUCCGUCAACGGGCAAUUGAUACGGCCGAGAGAGAGAGCUCCUCAGACUCUGCCAUUCAUGAUUCAAACCAUGCUCAAGAUGAAAACGAGGAAUUCGAGAGCUCACCAGGGGAAGUUAUUGGGGAAUAUACGUCCUGUUUCCCCCACUUUGAUGGUCUGCACUCUACGAUCUACAGAUCAAAGGGAUCGGAUGGAGUUGUUGCGGCUGUGAAAGUCACCGUUCCCCAUAUGAUGACAGCUCCCCAUGAUGCACACCGCGAAGCACGGCUACUUCGAGAAGCUCAUCACCCAAAUGUCAUGCCUCUCAAAGACACAUUCAACCUUGAUGGUGGAAGGUUUGUGUUGGUUUUCCCAUUCGUCCGGUAUGAUUUUGAACACCUGCUUCGACGUGAUAUGGUGACCGCAUCUCAGAUUAGGUCCAUUCUUCGUGACAUGUUUAUCGCGCUCUCACAUAUCCACGCGCUAGGCAUCAUCCACCGAGACAUAAAGCCCUCGAACAUUUUGAUGAACUCUCCGAAUGGACCAGCUUAUCUGGCAGACUUCGGCAUUUCGUGGAAAGAAAGUGAUGCGGGCUCGGAGGCACCGGCAGAAAAGAUUACAGACGUGGGCACCACCUGCUAUCGGCCGCCGGAGAUUCUGUUCGGACAAAAGGCGUAUGGAACGGCCCUCGAUAUCUGGGCUGCUGGAUGUGUAGUUGCAGAAGCAAUCGCAGUGGGCCACCGCCAGCUGUUUGACUCUGGCCCUAUUGGCAGCGAUCUCUCGUUGAUAUUUUCCAUUUUCAAAUUAAUGGGAACCCCUGAUGAAGAACGUUGGCCAGAAGUCUCUGUCUUACCGGACUGGGGAAAGGUCGAAUUUCACAAAUUUCCUCCCCAGGCUUGGGAAGAUAUCCUACCCGGUGUGUCUUCCAAGGGGCGCGAUUUGGUCAGCCAUCUGCUGUGCUACGAGAGCAGCCAAAGGCCUUCCGCAUUGAAGGCGCUGGACCAUGCCUACUUCGCGAGUUGA